UGGACUCUUCACAAAAGUUGUCUUUAAGAAUAGCUGUAACUGGUUCAGAUUGUGAUGCAUUGCUUUCCUCCCUUCUAGAAAUGGAAACUUGUCUCGUAUGCCAAGAAGAUCACUAUCCAAACAAUGGCAAGAAUCAAUGCAUUCCUAAGAUUCCAAACUUCUUAGCCUUUGAUGAAACUUUGGCCAUCAUUUCAACAUUCUCUGCGCUAUUGCUGUCUCUGAUCACAGCUCUAGUCUUUGGCAUCUUCAUUAAGCACCGGGACACUCCCAUAGUCAAAGCCAACAACAGAAGUCUCACCUAUGUUCUCCUUGUCUCCCUCCUCUUGUGUUUCCUCUCUUCUUUGUUGUUUAUUGGAAAACCUAAUAAGGUGACCUGUCUUCUCCGACAAACCAGUUUUGGCAUUGUCUUCUCUGUGGCCCUCUCCAGCAUCUUGGCCAAAACCAUAUCGGUGGUUUUGGCAUUCAUGGCUACCAAACCAGGAUCCAGGAUCAGGAAAUGGGUGGAUAAAAGACUGGCUUAUUCCGUUGUCCUCUUCUGCUCCAAAAUUCAAGUAGGGAUCUGCACUCUGUGGCUGGCAACCUCUCCUCCAUUCCCUGAUUUAGACCUGCACACAAUGACAGAAGAAAUAGUACUCCAGUGUAACGAAGGCUUGGUCCUGAUGUUCUAUUGCGUCUUGGGCUACAUGGGCUUUCUGGCCAUUGUCAGCUUCAUUGUGGCCUUCCUAGCCAGGAAGUUGCCUGACAGUUUCAAUGAAGCCAAAUUCAUCACCUUCAGCAUGGUGGUCUUCUGCAGUGUUUGGGUAUCCUUUGUCCCAACUUACCUGAGCACAAGAGGAAAAUAUAUGGUGGCUGUUGAAGUCUUUUCCAUCUUGGCUUCCAGUGCUGGCUUGCUGGGCUGCAUCUUUUUCCCCAAAUGCUACAUUAUUGUGUUGCGGCCUGAGCUGAACAGCAGAGAAAAUCUAAUACGAAGAAAGACAUAAAUGAUAGAAGAGUCUGUUGUGGUUUUAUUACAUUCUUGGUAUCUGCAUAGAACUAUAAAAGAGGUGUAAAUUUAUUGUA